AUGUCAGCUCCUGUGCUUCCAGGUGCAGCGCCGGACUCGUCAUCGCAGCUCUCGCUCGCGCCCGCGAGUCAACGCGCAAGCGAAAUCCAACAUACACUAAAGAACAUUGUCCUUCAAACUGCUUCCACGUUGCGCACCAAAACACAUCUAGCUCGCCUCCAAUCAACAGCAUCGGCGUCACCAGCUACAAUUUCGACCUCAUCAAGUGUUACACAGAGCUGCUCGAAUAUGCAAAAGCUGACGGCAGAGUGUACGCGGUAUCUUUCGCUCGUGCAUGGUAUGAGAGACUAUCUGUUGCAUGUACAGGCAGCGUUGGAAAUCGAGUUAGAGGCAGCGACAAAGAGGGAAGCAAAAGAGGCUGAACUAGCCGCCAUCGCUGCAGCAGAGUCUCUCAGAAGACAACAAGAGGCUGAACAAGACGCCGAGAGAAGGCGAAUCGAAGAAGCAGAGAAGGCUGUUCACAUGGUAAGUGCUGCGGAGACCAAUACGGACAAAGCAGACAAGGCACAGAAUGCAGAAGGAGAGAAGGAAGGCGAGGCUCUUGCUGAGCCUGCAAUCGCAUCACGAGUCGAAUCAGCGACAAGUUCUACUGAAACACAGAUCGAAGAGAGCAGCACCACAAAGCAGCAAGACGCUGGCAACGCGGCAAACGUUGUCACUGUGAUCGACAGCGACGGCGAUGACGAGGAUGAUGUGCCUCUUGCUUUUGUUCCCAAGACUGGAGCUGCCGAGGGUGACCCGAUCGAUCUUACCGACUCGCCUGCAUUAGCGAAUGCGGCGAAACCCGUAUCUUCGGAUGCGGCUGCCGUCACUACGGCUGCACCGCAAGAUCCGACAUCGACAUCCACCGUGGUGGCCCCUACGAGCGGCACUGCCGCUUCAGCCGGCAUUCCAGGCCUCGAUCUCUCUGCUUUGGGAAUCGACGUGUCCUCCCUGGGCAACCUCUCCGACCUCUCUUCGCUCGGCAUCCCUUCUCUUGCCAACUCCACCAUCUCUACCGCUGAAGGACCUAACGCCCUCGCACCAGCAACCGACUUUUCCGAGCUCGAAAAGAUGAUGGGAAUCGAUUUGGCCUCCUCGGCCGCCUCAGCCAACCCACCCACCGUAUCCAUCGACGCCUCUUCAUCUGAUGCGCCAGACCUCUCCUCUCUGGGCAGCUUCAAUCUGGGUGGAGCGACAGGCGGGUUUGGUGAAGACACUAACAUGUUUGGCUCCAGCUCGGGCGGACUGGAUCUGAGCAACUUUGACUUUUCCAGUCUAAGCGCUGGAGCAGACCCAGGAAUGGGUGCCGAUGGCGGAGUCGAUUUGAGUUCCUUCUUGACCAACUUCACUUCGAGUGCGGGGGCGGGGGAUGACACGAAUAAGAAUGUUGAUUUGAGUGCUUAG